ACUUCUCUUCAAUAAUUUAAAGAAGAAAAAUAGUUGCCUUGCGAGAAGCACCGAAAGCACGUUUGCGAACAGCUAAUUAAUUACUUGGUUUAUUUGGAACAGACCACUUUUUAAAAAGAUGCCUAAAGUAAGGAGUUCUACGGGGCCGCCCCGAAAACAAGGUUUUAAUAAAUCGAACCAUUCAAUGAACCCAGAAAGAUCAAAAAGCGAGCUUAAGGGUGUUGCUAAUCCAAGAACGAAGGGCACAAUUAAACGUUUGCAGAUGUAUAGAAAUUUCAAAGCCAAACGCGAUCGUAGAGGGAAGAUUAUAACACCAGCGCCGUUCCAGGGUUGGUUGGCCUCGGGCACCAUGGCACGCGUUGAACCAACUCCGAAAUGGUUUAGCAAUUCUCGAGUUAUUUCACAAACUGCUUUACAAAAAUUUCAAGACGAAAUCGGUACAGCCAUAAAGAAUCCUUAUCAAGUAAUUAUGAAGCCUUCACAAUUGCCGAUAACAUUGCUAAACGAAGCGAGCAAACACCAACGCGUCCAUCUGCUGGACACUGAAAGUUUCGAGAACGUAUUCGGUCCGAAGAAGCAAAGAAAACGCGUCAAUAUGAAAGUUAAAGACUUAGAAGAUCUAACAAAAAGUGCAAAUGCUCAAGCUGAGCAGUAUGACAAUAAUAAGGAUAAGGACACUGAUUUGGUGCGAGAAGACCUUGGCGAGAAAGCAGUUCAAAGGGAUUGGAUCUUUGCAGCCGGCCAAAGUAAAAGGAUUUGGAAUGAACUACAUAAGGUGGUUGAUGCGUCGGAUGUUCUUCUACAGGUGCUGGAUGCUAGAGAUCCUAUGGGGACUCGAUCCAAAUAUAUUGAAGAAUUCUUACGUAAAGAGAAACCUCAUAAACACAUCUUCUUUAUAUUAAAUAAAGUAGAUUUAGUACCCGUAUGGGUAACCCAACGUUGGGUGGCUAUUUUAAACACUGAAUAUCCAACAAUAGCUUUUCAUGCUUCUAUACAGCAUCCCUUCGGCAAAGGCGCUUUAUUCAACUUGUUGCGGCAACUUGCAAAACUUCAUAUUGAUAGAAAACAAAUUAGUGUUGGUUUUAUUGGUUAUCCCAAUGUCGGCAAGUCGUCGGUAAUUAACGCGUUAAGGUCGAAAAAAGUUUGCAAUGUGGCUCCCAUCGCAGGCGAGACAAAAGUUUGGCAAUACAUUACACUUAUGAAACGUAUCUAUCUCAUCGAUUGCCCGGGUGUAGUUUAUCCAUCAGCUGAAACCGACACCGAAAAAGUGUUGAAGGGUGUCGUCCGAGUAGAAUUAGUUUCCAAUCCGGAGGAUUACGUAGAAACCGUUUUGCAGAGAGUUCGUCCAGAGUAUAUACAAAAAACCUACAAAAUAGACAAAUGGUCUUCUUCGAUGGAUUUCUUGGAACAAUUAGCCAAGAAAUCAGGUAAACUUUUGAAAGGCGGUGAACCGGAUAUUACGGUAGUAUCACGCAUGGUGCUAAAUGAUUGGCAGAGAGGUAAAUUACCGUUUUACGUUAUACCUGAGGGAUUUGUAAACUCCAGCGCAAACAUUGAAAAUAAUAAGGAAAAUGAGCUAGAUCCAAAGGAUAAAACUGAAACUGCAAAGGAUAAGGAUGAUAAGCAGGUUAACGACGCUGUUAAGAAGGCGAGAGAGUUCAAGCAAUUGCAAGAUUUUCGUAAAAUUAAAGUUGGCCUCGAAUACGCAGAAGGCGAUAUCAAGGAACUAGAUGAAGUUAAUUUGGAAUUAUUAGAACAACAGAAAGAAGAACGUCUGACGGCGAGAAGACGAAAAAUUUUAAACUCCAAGACGAAAGAUGAUGAGUCAAGUGAUGGAGUCAGCGAUUUCUACUCGGAAGACGAGUACGAUGAAAACUUGGAAAAAGUCGUGCACAAAAAGGCGGCUUCAAAGCGCAUUUGCAGGGAAACGGUAGUUAUUACGUCAUCCGGCAAAUUUAGAGUGGAAAAGUUAAGCGAAGAGGACCUGGACUCUGAAAAUGAAACCAGCAAAAUUGUCAAAUUAACAUCGAAGCAGAAAAGAGCUAUGGAAAAUAGUCAAAAACGGAAAAAAGUAGGCAGCAACUUUUAUGAAGUAGCUAAUGUGAAGAAUCGUAAUCGGAACAAAAAGGUUCGAAAAGGAAAAGAUUGAUGACAUUUUUAAAUUUUUUCUAUAAAUCAUGGAUUUUCAUUAUUUCUGCAUGUACAUUAUGAUGAAUAAAGAUAAUAUAUUUUA